GAUUUAACAUGGUGUUAGAAUUUCAGAUUUUUAAGCUACCUCUAAUUUAUAUAUACUUCAAAUUAUUUAUACCAUCGUUUAGAGGAUAUAUUGAUUCGUAGGAAACUCGGAGAAUUCGGGGGUUCACAGAUUGCCGGAGCCUCUCGUAGCGUUAGGAGGAGUACUAGAAGCAGACCGAGAAGAAAUAGUUGUACGAGUUCUACUGUGGAUUUGAGGGAGAGAAUAGAAUUUGAAGGUCAAGGAUUGAUUGCCGUAGCAUCAAGGUCAGGGAAAAAAUACAAUUUGAAUAUGAACUAAAUUUAUGCCGAGAUUUGCGAGUUGCGCUCUAAAAAGUACAAACUCACAUUUUUAUGGCGAAGGCUCUUUGGAUGCAAGCAGCCAGCAGAAGCAUUCAUCUUUAAUUUAAAAUGCAGAAAUAGCUCGGAGAGCUUCCAUGAAGUUCUUCAGGAAUAACUUCGCAGUGGCCUGAAAAGACCCAAUUAAAGAUUUGGUGCCAACUCAAAACCCAAUUGAGAAUUCAUGCUUGCGAGCUCUAUUUCCCUCCGUGGGUCCUUGUCCAGUUCCUUAUUUUAUUUCAUCCCUCUAAAACUCACAGACCAAACCGCCUGGAAAUCUACCAACAUAUUCCCUAAGCUCUGCUUCUCUUCGAAUGUGGGCAGACUUAAUACAACUGGAUUUAGUUUUAGUAGCACGGCCACUUGCCAUGCUUUCGAUGAAUUUCCUGUUGGGACAAAUGAAUCAAGUUUCUUAAGCGUAAGCGGGAAAGAUGGACUUGAUUGUCUUCAUGUUAUGGAGGAGCGGGCGGUGCGUCCAAACUAUCAAACCUACAUAUGGCUUUUGGAUGGGUGUUUGAAUUCUGGGUCUUUAAUGGAGGCAAAGAGGCUCCACGGAACAAUUUUGAAGUUGGGUGUUGAUGGAGAACCAGCUUUGUCUGGCCGGCUUAUUGAUGUUUAUUUAGAACAUGGUGAUUUAGAAGAUGCAGUCACGGUUUUUGAUGAUAUGUCCAGUCCUACUGUAUCUUCCUGGAAUAAAAUAAUUUCUCAAUUUGUUACGAAAAGGUUGAAUGCUAAAGUUCUGCAUCUAUUUUCACGAAUGCUAGCGGAAAAUGUGAGUCCAGAUGAAUCUACUUUUGCCAGUGCCUUAAGGGUUUGUCGUGGUGGUGAUGUCACUUUUCACUGCAUUGAACAGAUUCAUGCCAAAAUUAUUCGGUAUGGAUUUGCUAAUAGUCAGAUUGUGUGCAAUCCCUUAAUUGAUAUCUACUCGAAGAAUGGAUUUGUAGAUUCUGCUAGGUUAAUAUUCCAGGGAUUACAUUUGAGGGAUAAUGUGUCUUGGGUGGCUAUGAUCUCUGGUCUAUCCCAAAAUGAACAUGAAGAAGAAGCACUUCUAUUAUUUUGUGAAAUGCAUAAAUCAGGAAUUGUACCUACGCCGUAUGCCUUGUCGAGUGUUAUAAGUGCCUGCACCAAAAUAGAGUUAUUUUGGCUGGCACAGCAAAUGCAUGCACUUAUUUUCAAGUGGGGGCUUUCUUCUGAGACUUUCGUGUGCAAUUCUCUUGUCACACUCUAUUCUCGCUUGGGGAACUUGAUAUCUGCUGAACAGAUUUUCAGUAAAAUGCAAAGCAGGGAUGGAAUUUCGUACAACUCACUCAUCUCAGGGCUUGCACAGUGUGGAUUCAGUGACAAAGCUCUCCAGUUGUUUGAGAAAAUGCAAUGUGAUUGCUACAAACCAGAUUGUGUUACGAUUGCAAGCCUCUUGAGUGCCUGUGCCUCAGUUGGGGCUCUUUAUAAGGGAAAACAACUCCAUUCAUAUGCUAUAAAGGCAGGAAUCUCAUCAGAUAUCAUCAUUGAAGGUUCCCUGCUUGACCUUUACGUGAGAUGCUCUGACAUAGAAACUGCCCAUGAUUUCUUUCUUACGACAGUGACAGAUAAUGUGGUUCUUUGGAAUGUCAUGCUAGUGGCAUAUGGGCAGUUGGGUGAUUUGAAUGAGUCAUUUCAGAUAUUCUCUCAGAUGCAGGUUGAAGGUAUGGAACCAAAUCAAUACACUUAUCCAAGCAUAUUGAGAACCUGUACUUCUUUGGGAGCUCUUGAUUUAGGAGAGCAAAUCCACACUCAAGUCAUAAAAACUGGUUACCAGCUUAACAUCUAUGUUUGUAGUGUGCUUAUAGACAUGUAUGCUAAGCAUAAAAGGCUAGACACUGCCAUGAAAAUUCUUAGAAGACUUCCCGAGGAUGAUGUUGUCUCUUGGACAGCUAUGGUUGCUGGGUAUGCGCAGCAUGAUUUGUGUGUGCAAGCUCUUGAACUUUUUGAAGAAAUGCAAAGCUUAGGGAUCCGAUCAGAUAACAUAGGAUUUUCAAGUGCAAUCAGUGCAUGUGCCGGUGUGCAAGCAUUGAAUCAGGGACAACAAAUUCAUGCUCAAUCGUACAUCUGUGGUUAUUCAGAAGAUCUUUCAAUUGGAAAUGCACUUGUUAAUCUCUAUGCUAAAUGUGGUCGAAUACAAGAUGCUUAUCUAGCAUUUGAAAAAAUUGAUCCUAAAGACACUAUAUCAUGGAACGGAUUGAUAUCAGGAUUUGCUCAGAGCAGGUACUGUGAGGAAGCACUGCAGGUUUUUGCUCAAAUGAAUCGAGAUGGAAUUGAAGCUACUUUAUUCACAUUUAGCUCCGCAGUCAGUGCUGCUGCUAAUGUAGCAAAUAUAAAACAAGGGGAGCAAAUUCACGCUAUGAUCUUAAAAACAGGAUAUGAUUCAGAAACUGAGGCUUCUAAUGCAUUAAUCACUCUGUAUGCAAAGUGUGGGAGCAUUGAUGAUGCAAAAAGACAGUUUUUGGAGAUGCCUGAGAGGAAUGAAAUUUCAUGGAAUGCCAUGAUCACAGGCUAUUCUCAACAUGGCUGUGGUAAUGAAGCAUUAAGACUCUUUGAGGAGAUGAAAUUAAUGGGAUUGCUACCAAAUCAUGUUACGUUUGUUGGCGUUUUAUCAGCCUGUAGCCAUGUGGGUUUGGUGAAUGAGGGGCUUGACCACUUCAAGUCAAUAAGCAAAGAGCAUGGCCUGGUACCAAAGACAGAACAUUAUGUUUGUGUUGUGGAUAUUCUAGGACGUGCUGGGCUAUUGGAUUGGGCAAGAGAAUUCAUAAAGGAAAUGCCAAUUGAACCAGAUGCAAUGGUUUGGUUGUCCCUCUUAAGUGCUUGUAGGGUUCACAAGAACAUGGAAAUUGGAGAGUUUGCUGCCCGUCAUCUGCUAGAGUUGGAACCUAAAGAUUCUGCAGCUUUUGUUCUCCUAUCAAAUAUAUAUGCAGUGGCAGGGAAAUGGGAUUGUAGGGAUCAGACGAGGCAAAUGAUGAAAGAUAGAGGUGUGAAGAAAGAGCCAGGUUGUAGUUGGAUUGAGGUUAAGAACUCAGUUCAUGCGUUCUUCGUUGGUGAUCAACUCCAUCCACUAGCAAAGGAGAUAUAUGAGUUCUUAGAGGAUUUGAACAAACAGGCAGCCAAAGUUGGUUAUGUACAAGAUCGUAAUAGCCUUUGGAGUGAUACAGAGCAGGAGCAGAAGGACCCAAACAUGUAUAUUCACAGUGAAAAACUGGCUGUUGCAUUUGGACUCCUUAGCUUGUCUCAUGCAAUGCCAGUACGUGUGAUGAAGAAUCUUCGUGUCUGUAAUGAUUGCCAUAAUUGGAUAAAAUUUGUAUCAAAAAUUUCUAGUAGGAUAAUUGUAGUACGAGAUGCAUACCGCUUUCAUCAUUUUGAUGGUGGCGUGUGUUCAUGUAAAGAUUACUGGUAAGUCAGUGCAGGAAUAUUCUACUACUAAUAUCACAAAGGGUUUUCAUGGUA